CGGAAGAGAAGAUUUCUUGCCUUGCUUUGUGAUUUAUUGAGGGUGUGAGUCAUAUCCGAUUCCUUCUUCUGCGUUGGAAAAUUCAGUGCUCGUAGACUUUCUCCCAAAGACUCUGUCGAAAAUGGCUUCUGGGUUCGGUUCCUGGCAUUGCCUUGUGGCUUUCUUUGUGUUUGGGAUAGGGUCUCUGUCUUGCCAGGGGAUCGCAGAUGAACUGCACAUCGACGACCAGCUAAGGAACUGCAAUCUGUACGAAGGGAGUUGGGUUCAUGAUGAUUCACACCCCAUCUAUGAAGCUUCGAACUGCCCCUUCAUAGACCAAGGAUUUGACUGCCUGAAAAAUGGCAGGACUGAUAAGGAUUACCUUAAGUACAGAUGGAAGCCGAGCGGAUGCGACCUUCCACGGUUCAUCGGCCGCGAUUUUCUGGAGAGGGAAAGGGGCAAGAAGAUAAUGUUUGUCGGGGAUUCCCUGAGCAAAAACAUGUGGCAGUCGCUGACAUGCGCGCUUCACUCUGCCGUUCCAGGGUCUAAGUACGACUUAACAGAACAAGGGAAGCUCUCGACUUUUUCUAUUCCGGAAUACGGAGUUUCAGUGAUGUGGUUGAAAAAUGGAUUCCUGGUAGAUGUGGUGACAGAGAAAAUCGGACGAGUACUGAAGCUGGACCGUAUCACCACCGGCAACGAAUGGUUAGGCAAUGACAUGUUGAUAUUCAACACAUACCAUUGGUGGUUGCACCAAGGACAAUCGAAGACGUGGGAUUACUUCCAAGUAGGAAACAUGACGGUGAAAGAAAUGGACCGCAUGGAAGCGUACGAGAUAGCGCUCACAACUUGGUCCAGAUGGAUCGAUGCCAAUAUCGAUCCGGUGGACACUCAAGUCUUCUUCCAGGGAGUUUCUGCUGCUCAUUUCGAUGGCAGUGAAUGGAAUGAAACCAGCACACAGACCUGCGAAGGACAGAUGGAACCGGUGAAGGGAUCGGUUUAUCCGGGCCCUAGUAUUCCAGGAGAGGAUACUGUUAAGAAAGUGAUUAGUCUGAUGCAGAAGCCGGCGAAACUACUCGACUUGACAUUGCUCACACAGCUCCGGAAAGAUGGCCAUCCUUCCAUUUUCACUGGCCAAGGAAAGUCAAUCGACGACUGCAGUCACUGGUGUCUCGCCGGAGUCCCGGACACUUGGAAUGAGCUCCUCAACACGGUCCUAAUCCUGAUCAACCCGAACGGAACUUCAGGGGCGGGGCCGGCUGCCAGUCCACAACCAGAGUCUCCUCCGGCUCCAAGUCCUCAACCGGUGGCGGGGGCUCCACCUUCCAGCUCCAGUCCACCACAGGCGUCUCCGGCUCCAAGUCGUCAACCAGUGGCAGGGGCUCCACCUUCCGGCUCCAGUCCACCACAGGCACCUCCAGCUCCAAGUCCUCAACCCGUGGCAGGGGCUCCACCUUCCAGCUCCAGUCCACCAGAGGCGCCUCCGGCUCCAAGUCCUCAACCAGUGGCGGGGGCUCCACCUUCCAGUUAUAGUCCUCCGGCGCCGGUGGCUCCUGCAUCCAGUCCUCAACCGGAGGCAGCUCCACCUUCCCAUCAUGGACACAAAUCAGCUGGGCAUGCUGUGUUACCAGCGCAUGUCGGAUUUGUUUUUGUUGAAUUAGCUCCUGUUUUAUUCUUGAUUUUGCUGCUCUGAGGGUGACCUCUCAUUCUAUUUAUUUUUAACGAAUUAUUCGAUAGCCAAAAACAUGUGAACCUUAUUAAUCUUAUGUAGGGCUUCGUUGUUAAUAAAGCUAGAACAGGAUUAAGCAGUA